CUGGGGUGUAUUUGCCACCCUUCAGCACCGGAUGAAGCAGGCAGUGACUCCACCAGCAUGAGUAUGCCGGAGGUCUUCUUCUCUACACGCAGUGCUGCUCCAGCAGAUUGCUAGGUGAGAAGUAAAUCAGACCGAUUUGAAACAUGGAGUACUUCUCACAUGCUCAUUGAAAAGAAUAAGACUUGCUGGACAGUCUCCACAAAACCUCAACACUCUUUUGGACUGGCAUUUCCUACCAAGUGUGCCAGCAAUGUCAGCAUGAGAAAAGACAACUAGGAGUAAGGGCUACAGCUGCUCCUUUAACACUGUUGGGACAGCCUCCAGAGUAAAUUUCCAGCUCCUACUGAAUCUGACUGGAUAUAUCUUCCAUGCCAAAUGCCCUUGCAAAGAACCAAAACCUUUUGGAGGAUGUUUGGAAUUUCAUCUGGGCUGUGUAGAAUCCAGCAAUAAAUUAUUCCAAUAUGAAGGUCUAAUACAGUUAAUAGAUCCUAUAAAACUGGCUACUGUGUUUCAUCCUAUUUAAUUUGCUGCAACAACCUGCAGACAUCUGAGCUGUUUCAGCUUCCCUUUUAUAAUCAUCAGGUGCCCUGAGAGAAGCUCUCCCAGCUGAGGAGUCCCUGUGUCACCAGCAUCUCUGCAUAGACAAGCGGUGCAAUGCCUCCAGAGCAUUCAGCUGCUUCUCAUCCUCCAGCAUAUCCCAAGUGAAGCAUCUUCCCUACCACUGUGGGGAGAGCCACAGAGGGCCCUGUGGCCCAGUCAUCCCACAAAGAGUGGGCAAGGAGGAGGGCAAUGCCAGCCUCUGGCCACCUGUAGCUGCAAUCUCUUCUGGAGUUUGGGAUUGCCCAGGCUGCACAGCAGGAAAACAAUGAAUAGGAGGAAACCUGGAAGCUUUUUGCUGCUUUGUUGAAUAUGGGAUUAUAAAAAAAAAUUGCACCUGGAACAUCUCUCUAAAUGGAUGACUUCUGAACCUGCAACCCUUCAUUACCUGAAGCAGCACCUUCUUGCAUCCUGGAGGAGAAAAUGAAUUUCACAAAUUGCACCACUGAAGCCAGUGGGGCUGCAAAGCCAAAAACAGUAACUGAAAAGAUGCUUGUUACCCUGACCUUGGCCACAAUCACAACCUUGACUAUGCUGCUGAAUUCUGCUGUAAUUGCAGCAAUCUCCACAACCAAGAAGCUCCACCAGCCGGCAAAUUAUCUCAUAUGUUCACUAGCUGUGACAGAUCUCCUUGUUGCUGUUCUCGUCAUGCCCUUGAGCAUCACUUACAUAAUGAUAGAUAAAUGGACUUUGGGAUACUUCAUCUGUGAGAUCUGGCUUAGCGUCGACAUGACCUGUUGCACAUGUUCAAUCCUUCAUCUGUGUGUCAUUGCAUUGGACAGGUACUGGGCAAUCACAGACGCUAUCGAAUACGCCAGGAAAAGAACGGCAAAGAGGGCUGGGCUGAUGAUAGUCACCGUGUGGGCUAUCUCCAUUUUCAUAUCAAUGCCCCCUUUGUUUUGGAGAAAUCACCACAGCAUCAAUAUUCCCAGCGAGUGUCGCAUUCAGCACGAUCAUGUAAUCUACACUAUUUAUUCCACAUUUGGGGCAUUUUACAUACCCUUGACUUUGAUCCUGAUCCUGUACUACAGAAUUUACCACGCUGCAAAGAGCCUUUACCAAAAGCGGGGUUCAAGCCGCCACCUCAGCAACAGGAGCACAGACAGCCAAAACUCUUUUGCCAGCUGCAAGCUCACACAGACAUUCUGCGUCUCGGACUUUUCCACGUCUGACCCGACCACGGAGUUCGAUAAAAUCAACGCAUCCGUGAGGAUCCCACCUUUCGAGAAUGACUUGGACCUGGCUGGCGACCGGCAGCAGAUCUCCACGACGCGGGAACGAAAGGCUGCUCGCAUUUUGGGGCUGAUUUUAGGUGCUUUCAUUUUGUCCUGGUUGCCCUUUUUCAUCAAGGAGCUGCUUGUGGGCCUCCACAUUUGCACUGUCUCUCCAGAAGUAGCGGACUUCUUGACCUGGCUUGGAUAUGUCAACUCCCUCAUCAACCCUUUGCUGUACACGAGCUUCAACGAGGAUUUCAAGCUGGCCUUUAGAAAGCUUAUCAGGUGUCGGGAGCAUACAUAAAAAUACUGGGAGUUGAUGAUGCUGACAUGACUCCUAGCCUUAAAAUUGAGCAAAAUAAUUUGACUUUGUCACCAUUUCCCUUGAUAAAAGGGAUUUUUGUGUUUGCCUAUUUGCUUGACUUAUUGUCAGCCUGUAAUUCAUUAUGCUGUUUUUUUAAUCUCUGGUGUUAUUCAUGGUAAAGGGUUUGAAAUAAAUUUAUUCUACAAAGGAAAAGAUUUUUUAGAAAUGAAACAACAAAAGAGAUAUUAUUACUAUUAGAUACUGAUGUUUAAGACAUUUUUGUAAUCAAUGAUUCAAGAAGCAAACAACGAUAUUCACUUUUAUACUUUUUCCAUUUAAGAAUCAAACAUCUGAAUUGUCAUGCACUGUAUAAACUGUACCCCAUAAAUACAUAUUCAAAAAUUAAUAAACUCUUCAUGAUCAUGACAGCUAAACAACAAAUCUUUACUUUAAAUGGCAUUCUGUAACAGCCACUUAGAAGGAAAAUUACCACCAUUUCCACUUAGGGCUGUAGCAGAAUAAACUAUUCCUUUCUUCAGGAAUACACUCCCAAAACAGAAAGCAAAGUUCAGUUCGUUGCGUCUGAAAAUUAAUCUCAUUUUUUAUUCCAAAGCAAUUAUUUAGGUGACUGUCUUCAUAUAAUAUUCCAGAUUUAUCUGUAAAGAGUUGGGCAGACACCUCUGCAGUUUGUUUGGGAAUUGAGAGGAUGCAGCUAGCAAGUGUCACACUUGUGAAACUAAUUGCACAUCUGACUGGUCACACGUUUAAUACCACUAACCUUAUUUCUUCAGGCCUUGUAUUUUGGCCGGUUCUGGAAUGAUAUUAUUCACUUGUGCCACACUUCACCUGGGCCCUGUAGUGAACAACCCCAUGUAUUGAUUGAUCUUACCCCACUGACUUAAACAACUGGAAAUCUUUUCUAGCUAACAUUAAUACCUAAAAAGAGGGAAAAAUUAAUCUCAGUCACUGAAAAUGUUUUUUAGUGAGGAAGCACAGAGAUCCCGUAUGGUUUUUCCUUUUUGCAGCUUGUUGGAGGUGGAAACUGUUGAUUGAAACUGGGGAAGUGUGUUCUUAUCCUGCCUAUCUAUAAAGCUUCCAAAGCAGCUCCCCAGAGUACCUAUACUGUUAAGGAAAAAAAAGU